CUCAUCUCUGUGCUGCUUGUCUUAGCCUCCGGACCACGGCAAGCUAACCCUCCGUGGAGCCCCAGAAGAAAGUAAUUUGGCGAAAAAUAUCUGUUUCCCUUUUUUAACGUGCCACGGGAUGCCGAGGUUGUUGUCGCCGUGCGAUGAACUUGCGGUUGCGCGUAGCUGUUUGCUAAAAAUAAGCUAACCAGUGAACUGUGGGGACUAGCAUUGUUUUUCCAACAAAGCGACGAUACAAGAACAGACUCGACUCCGCUCGAAUGUGAAGCGAAUUAACGCUCACUUCUGCUCUCCGGGUUACCAGUUCAUUCAAGUAGACUUGGGAUUUUCUUAGGUUACAAGGUCAGGUUCUGCAAUAGGAUGUAGUCCCUCUUGAAUGAGCGAAAAAGAGAGCGAGAAAACCAGAGAGAGCGUCUGUGGAAAAAUUCCUCACCAGCAUCAGCCGUGUGAAGAGCAGGCAAGAACCUGAAACUGCAGGUCUUCUGCUGAAACGAGAUGUCGGAUGUCACGUCGCCAACUCCAGAGCCUCCUCAGAUCAUUAACCCCCCACCUCCCGAGGUGACCAACCCUGCUAAACCUGGCCGCAAGACGAAUCAGCUGCAGUACAUGCAGAAUGUAGUGGUCAAGACACUGUGGAGGCAUCAGUUCGCUUGGCCUUUCUAUCAGCCUGUUGAUGCUGUCAAGCUCGGAUUGCCAGACUAUCACAAGAUUAUAAAAAAUCCAAUGGACAUGGGUACUAUCAAGAAAAGGCUGGAGAAUGUGUAUUACUGGAGUGCUAGCGAGUGCAUGCAAGACUUCAACACAAUGUUUACUAACUGUUACAUCUACAACAAGCCAACAGAUGACAUUGUUUUGAUGGCUCAAGCACUGGAGAAGAUCUUCCUGCAGAAGGUGGCCUUGAUGCCCCAGGAAGAGGUGGAGCUGCUGCCUCCUGCGCCUAAAGGCAAGGGCCGCAAACCUGGCCCAGGCCAGCAGGAGGGAGCGGUGUCUUCUGGCUCGCCACCCUCCACGUUCCCGGUUGCCACGCCACCAGGCUCUCAGACCACUGUCAUCUCCUCCCCUGCGGUGCCCACCCUCACCCCCAGCACACCCUCUGUACAGAACACAACCGUCGCUCCCAUCGUGCCCGGCAUGCCGCCGUCGCAGCCCGUCGUCAAAAAGAAAGGGGUGAAGCGGAAAGCGGACACCACCACCCCCACUACCUCGGCCAUCACCGCCAGCCGCAGCGAGUCCCCCACGGCUCUCUCCGAGGGCAAGCCGGCCAAGGUGGCGGCGCGGCGCGAGAGCACCGGUCGCCCCAUCAAGCCCCCCAAGAAGGACCUGGAGGACGGCGAGGGGGGCCAGCACGGGGGCAAGCGUGGGCGCCUCUCCGACCACCUCAAGUACUGCGACACCAUCCUCAAAGAAAUGCUGUCCAAGAAGCACGCUGCCUACGCCUGGCCCUUCUACAAGCCCGUCGACGCAGAGGCCCUCGAGCUGCAUGAUUACCAUGACAUUAUCAAACAUCCCAUGGACUUAAGUACAGUCAAAAAAAAGAUGGACAAUCGGGAAUACCAGGAUGCACAGAGCUUUGCCACAGACGUGCGAUUAAUGUUCUCAAAUUGUUACAAGUACAACCCGCCUGAUCAUGAAGUCGUAGCCAUGGCGCGAAAACUACAAGACGUGUUUGAAAUGCGCUUUGCUAAGAUGCCAGACGAGACGGCGGAGGUGAGCACGCCCGGCGGUGCGGGCGGGGCGGCCGUGGUCAGUAAGAGCACCGCCAGUAGCGAGAGCAGCGGUGACUCCUCCACCUCCGACAGCUCCGACUCAGAGGAGGAGAGGGCCACGCGGCUUGCUGAGUUGCAGGAACAGGUGGGUGCGGAACAGCUGAAAGCCGUCCACGAACAGCUAGCAGCGCUCUCGCAGGCGCCUGUAAGUAAACCAAAGAAGAAAAAAGAGAAGAAAGAUAAGGACAAGAAAAAGAAGGACAACAAGCACAGCAAAGCCAAGCCUGACGAUGACAAGAAGGCCAAGACGGGGCAGGCCGCGAAGCAGGCCCAGCAGAAAAAGGGCCCGGCCAGGAAAGCCAACAGCACCGUCCCUGGCAACAGGCAACCAAAGAAGGGAGCCAGAGGGGGCCCAGGCUACGAGUCGGACGACGAGGACACGGCGCUGCCCAUGACGUAUGACGAGAAGCGACAGCUGAGCCUGGACAUCAACCGCCUGCCCGGGGAGAAGCUGGGCCGCGUCGUGCACAUCAUCCAGUCCCGGGAGCCCUCGCUGCGCGACUCCAAUCCCGACGAGAUUGAGAUCGACUUUGAGACACUCAAACCCUCCACGUUGCGCGAGCUGGAGCGAUACGUCAAGUCCUGUUUACAGAAGAAACAGAGGAAACCUUUACAGAAGGGCGGACCCGGGCAGGGCUCGGGGCCCUCGCGCCUCAGCGGCUCCAGCAGUUCCUCGGACUCAGGCAGCAGCAGUUCCAGUGGCUCCACCUCAGACAGCAGCGACUCCGACUGACCCCCCCACCCCCGGCCCCUUAUCUACAUUUUUACUUUUCUUUUCUGUUUCUGUUGUGUUUGUUUUUUUUUUUUUUUAAUGUUGUUGUAUGCAGUCAUGGUUGUUUCUCUGAGACUUUUUUAUAAGAAAGAAAAAAGAAACAAUGAAAAAUGCAUCAUGUCAGAACAUGAAAGGGUUUUUUAUUUUUGGGGUUUUUG